AUGACUGCGACGUUUGACCGGCCCGAUAGGGUACCGGUUGUGAUUGGCGGCGGCGGCGGCACAGCGGCCGAGUACGCGAACCUCAAACAUCUGCACGUGGGGUCGCCGCCUCCCAGUGACGCCAGCGAUGUCGGCGACGCGGCCGAGCUGGACGAGGUGCUGGCCGCAGGAUCGAGUCAGGGCCCGCAGACGCAUCCGGGCAUCAUUUGGUGUGCGAUUCUUUCGUUUGCCGGCUUCUUUUUGCUUUUUAUUGUGGGCUGCAUGGUCGGCAGCAACUCGCUGUAUAUCAAGGUUCGACCGCCCGCUGGCAAGUCCAAGUCGUCGUUAGCAGUGAGUGUGUUCCUCGCGUCGUUCAUGUACUUGUGCGUCUUUGGCACGAGUGUCAUGUACUUUCGGCGGGCACGACGUGCGCAGAAAGUGUAUCAGCUCUCGCUCGACGUGCAUGCUGAUUGA